AUGCAUCUUCGCCUCGCAAAGCCUUCAGAUGAACCAGCCAUCGCCGACAUCUGCGCUCGCGCCUUCAUGGAAGAAGACCUCUUCGGCCGAGUAAUUCACCCCUAUCGCGCCCAAUAUCCCAACGACGUAAAGAUCUUCUGGCACGAAUGGCUACGCAACGACUGGAUCAAUACACGUAACAGAAUCAUCGUUGCCGUCUCAACUGCCUCUGAUCAGCAAGAGAAUGUCAUCGGCGCAGCAACCUGGCAACGCCAAGGCGACGACCCGGGCGCGCAAAGAAUUAUCGCAGGAUGGACUGAUCCUGGUACAUUUCCCGUCCUGCCUUCAGCCCUCAACCGCGCCCUAGACCCCUCGAAGAAGACGAUUCUGAUCGAGGCCGGGCCGUUUACUAAACACUACUGGGCCGGGCCGUGCGCGACCAAUUGGUACCUUUCCCUUUGCUGCGUGGAUCCUGAUGUUAAGGGUCGUGGGGCCGGACGGCUGCUAGUACGGUGGGGCUUGGAUCGUGCCGAGGGAGAGGGCAUUAGGGCAAGCGUGAUGGCUAGUGAGGGCUCAGAUGCGUUUUAUCUGAAAUGUGGGUUUGAUGAAGUGGUUGGGAAUGCAAGCGAAGGGGAGGGCAAUCUGUUGCGGAAGGAGGGUGUGAAGGGUGGGAAUAUAUUGUUUAUGUGGGUCAAGGAUGGUAAGGCUAUCGAAGAGCCAGCUCUGUAG